ACCACAAUCGCCAACAAUCCAUUUAAUUGUCGUCCACGUGUCCCCGUUGGCCGCAGCCGGAGUCCAAAAGCAGCACCUCUCUGCCUUCUGGGCACUGCUACUUUUGUAGUACCAGAGUAAAACUGGAAAAGACGAACAAAAAUCGAAAUGCCGAAAAAGCCCCUGGUUCACACUCAUACAUUAUUCAUCUAUUCAUUACUGCCCUCUAUCUCCUCCUCCUGCUAUAGCUGCUCCUCCAUCUCUUCGUGUCGCUUUUUGGCGCUUCUGAGGAGUUUCGGUUUCCGAUCGUUCGCACGGAUUCCUCUGACUCCUCUAUUUCUCUCUCUCUCUCUCCUCUUUCUCUCUCUAACUGCCUCGCACUCUAAGGUCAGAUCUCGGUUCACUGCUGGCCCUUGGAAGCAAGCUCAUGCCACAUUCUACGAAGGCGGCUCGGGAACGUUUGGCGGAGCUUGUGGUUACCACGACGUGGUUCAAGAAGGCUAUGGCCUCGAGACAGUGGCUUUGAGCAAUGCUUUGUUCAACAAUGGGCUGUCAUGUGGUGCAUGCUAUGAAAUGAAGUGUGUGGAUGAGCCCCAAUGGUGUAAACCAGGGAGCCCUAUUCUCACUGUUACUGCAACCAACAAUUGCCCACCAAAUUGGAAUCAGGCUAGUGACAAUGGAGGAUGGUGCAAUCCGCCACGCGAGCAUUUCGAUGUAGCCAAGCCUGUGUUCCUCAACAUUGCUGAGUACAAGGCAGGCAUUAUUCCAGUCACGUACCGCAGGGUUCCAUGCCAGAAGAAAGGGGGCAUGCGAUUCACAAUAACCGGGAACCCUUAUUUCAAUGAAGUGUUGGUAUGGAACGUGGGAGGAGCUGGGGACAUCAUCAGCGUGCAGGUGAAGGGCUCCGACAAGCUCAAAUGGACAGCAAUGAGUCGGAUGUGGGGUCAGCGGUGGGUUACCGGUGCCAAGAUGGUCGGUGAGUCACUGACCUUCCGAGUUGAAGCAAGUGAUAAAAGACACUCAACUUCAUGGCAUGUUGCGCCCAAGACAUGGCAGUUUGGCCAGACUUUUGAAGGCAAGAACUUCCGAUAG